AUGUCCCAAUGGGAGAGGGAAAGCGGGAAGACUCUUCCUCCCCAUAAAUGGCUAUCGCUAGUCAAUGCACUGACUGGACAUACUGCGUGCUAUUCACAUGUGGAAGCCCAUAGAAAGCUAAUGUACCGAUGGUAUCUGACACCGGACAGGCUUAACAAAAUAUACCCAAACACUUCUGACCGGUGCUUGAGAUGUCAGACACAAAGAGGCACGAUGCUCCACACAUGGUGGGGAUGCUACCUUAUUCAGCCAUUGUGGCUGGAGGUUAUUAGGCUGCUUAGCAAAGUAGGUAUCAACCUCCCGCAGGAGUUUGAGGCCUGCCUAUGGUUGGACCUUCCCACCAGCUGGAGGAAGCAGGAGAAGGCGCUGGCCACACAAGUGAUAUUAGCAGCUAGAGCUCUCAUAGCGAUCAAUUGGAAAUCAACCAAUUGCCUGUCUGAAACUAACCUCAUGGACAAAAUCCGACUAUAUUACGUGUACAACAUCUCUUCUGCGAUAACUGCCAGCCAAAAAUAUAAGAUAUCUCAAAACUGGGAACCUUGGUGCAGCCAAUACCAAUUCCAGCCCCCAUAG